GUUUUACCUUCUCCAGCCACAUCGUGUGGGUACUGGUAUUCGCUUUCUUUCACUUUUCUUCCUCUCGGCCUCUCUUCUGGUGUAGAGGUCUGAAAAUGGCGGAAGCUUAAUAUUAGUAAAUAUUAUAACCAUAUUAUUAGUAGCUCAUAUUGUUUGCUAGGCCUUAUCUUUCACUCUGCAAUGCGCUCCAAAGACAGAAUCUCCUACUUCUACGAUGGCAACUAAAAUGCGCUUAGGGCAUUUGCAAGGUACUUACACUAAAAAAUUAUUGCAGGGGACGUGGGAAGCGUUUACUUUGGGCCUAACCAUCCAAUGAAGCCCCACCGACUGUGUAUGACCCACCAUCUCGUCCUCUCCUACGAGCUCCACAAAAAGAUGGAAAUCUAUAGGCCUCACAAGGCAUAUCCGGUUGAGCUUGCUCAAUUCCAUUCAGCUGACUAUGUUGAGUUCUUACAUCGGAUUACACCUGACACGCAGCAUUUGUUCUCGAAUGAAUUGGCAAGAUAUAACCUUGGAGAAGAUUGUCCUGUUUUCGAGAACUUGUUUGAAUUUUGUCAAAUUUAUGCUGGUGGAACAAUAGAUGCUGCACGCAGACUGAACAAUCAACUUUGUGACAUUGCUAUAAACUGGGCUGGUGGACUACAUCAUGCCAAGAAAUGCGAGGCAUCUGGAUUUUGUUAUAUCAAUGACUUGGUCUUGGGAAUCUUGGAGCUCCUAAAACAUCAUGCCCGUGUUUUAUACAUUGAUAUAGAUGUUCAUCAUGGUGAUGGUGUUGAAGAAGCCUUUUAUUUUACUGACAGGGUAAUGACUGUUAGUUUUCACAAGUUUGGAGAUAUGUUUUUUCCUGGAACUGGUGAUGUAAAGGAAAUAGGAGAAAGAGAAGGAAAAUUUUAUGCUAUUAAUGUUCCACUCAAAGAUGGAAUAGACGACACUAGCUUCACUCGCCUGUUCAAAACUAUUAUUUCCAAGGUUGUUGAAAUUUAUCAACCAGGUGUCAUAGUUCUCCAAUGUGGGGCAGAUUCACUUGCUGGAGAUCGCUUGGGCUGCUUCAAUCUCUCCAUUGACGGUCAUGCUGAAUGUGUUCGGUUUGUGAAGAAAUUCAAUUUGCCAUUAUUGGUUACUGGAGGUGGGGGAUAUACAAAAGAGAAUGUUGCACGUUGUUGGACUCUUGAAACUGGAGUUCUUCUAGACACAGAACUUCCCAAUGAUAUCCCAGAGAACGAGUAUAUUAAGUAUUUUGCCCCGGAGUUUUCAUUGAAGAUACCGAAUGGUCAUAUAGAGAAUUUAAAUAGUAAAUCAUAUCUUAGCACGAUAAAAGUGCAGGUUUUGGAAAAUCUCCGCUACAUCCAACAUGCUCCCAGUGUACAAAUGCAAGAGGUUCCGCCAGAUUUUUAUAUUCCCGAUUUUGAUGAAGAUGAGCAGAACCCUGAUGAGCGUGUGGAUCAGCACACCCAAGACAAGCACAUUCAACGUGAUGAUGAAUAUUAUGACGGGGACAAUGAUAAUGAUCAGAACAUGGACGAUGUGUGAAUUUGAUCUGAAAACCAUGCAAGUUUUUACUAUAACUUCUAGUUCAGAGAGGAUAGAUGUAACUAGAUUCAAAAUUAGGUAACACCUGUACUGAUCUAGAAAAGUAAAUGAAAACAGCUUUGACAUAUACAUGCUGUUUAUAAUGGUUAUAGAUUUGUCUUUGGAUGUUUCUUUUGCAUUUUUUAAUUUUUCUGAAUUUAGAAAAUGCUAGCUGCUAUAUCUGGUUAAUGUUCCAUAUUUAAGAUUUUCAACUAAAUGAAAUUUUUCGAGAUGGGAAUCUCACAUAUCCAGAUUUCCUUUGCUGAUA